CAGGAGAAGCGACUGACGACCUCACGGAGACGCACAGCCUCAGUCUGAGCAACACACACCCACUGAAAACACACCGUGGUUCCUGCCGCGCUCCGGAGGGUCUGGAGGGUCCCCAGAGUGUGUGUCUGGUUGUGUGCACAGGCCCAGAGUUGUGCGUGUGUGUGUUUUUAUGUGUUGAUGAGUGUGUGGGAGUCCUGCAUCACUUUUGAUGGGACAUUGAGAGAUGUGUGUGUCACAGCGUCGGUGGAUGGGCUGUAAGGGCCCGUGUCCCACCGCCCUCCCCCUGAUCCUCCUCCUCCCUCUGUCCUUCCUGUCCCUCACCCCUCCGCUCGCUCAGGGAGCCAUAAACAUCCCCAAAGACUAUAAAGUGCACAACAUGUCACAGCCUCCAGUGUUGAUAGAGAUGCCGUCAUCGUACACAGCGUUUUCCCUAGAGGACAUCAAUCUGCCCUGUGAGGCCUCCGGUCUCCCAGCACCCACUUUCCGGUGGGUGAAAGACGGUGAGGAGUUUGGUUUGGAGCAAAGAGGAUCGGGGACGCUGUGGGCCGAGAGGGACACGGACCUCAGCUUCUACAAAGGUUUCUACCGCUGCUACGCUUCCAACACGCUGGGGACGGCUGUGACACAAACUGUCCAAGUCAUCGUGGAGCCUCAACCGGUUCUUCUAAAACAGCAGAAAGUACGCAAGCGAGCGUACGAGGGAGAGAGCAUCGUUCUGUCCUGCAACCCCCCGGAGAGCACGACCCCUCCACACAUCCACUGGAUGGACAAGAGGAUGGUGCACAUCAAGCAGAGUGACAGAGUGACGCUCGGCCUCGAUGGGAACUUGUAUUUUGCAAAUCUUCUAAAGAGCGACAGCAGAGACGACUACAUCUGCAACGCACAGUAUUCAGCAGCCAGGACCAUUCUGCCAGAGACGGCUGUAAAACUCACCGUCAUGCCCAGUAAUGACGUCGUCCAUGGUAGAAAACCUCAGCUGUUUCGACCGAGCGGCUCCCACAGCACAGUGAACGCCCUCCGAGAUCACAGCGUCACACUAGAGUGUAUCCCCAAAGGCCUGCCCACUCCACGCGUGGAAUGGAAGAAGAAGGACGGCAGCCUGGACGAGACCAGCGGCGUCGUGGAGAACUCUGACCGCUGGCUCACCUUCAACAGCAUCAUGCAAACCGACGACGGAGAAUACGAGUGUCGAGCCUUCAACAUCCACGGCUCCACCACACACUCGUUCACCGUCACUGUGGAAGCGGCUCCUUAUUGGGUGAAGGAGCCUCAGAGCCUGCUGUACGCUCCGGGUGAGACUGUGCGAGUGGAAUGUCAGGCCGAAGGAAUCCCGACCCCGACUAUCACCUGGAGCAUCAACGGUCAGCCAAUCACAG